GCACGCUUCCGUUCAUCGUUUCGUUUGACAUUGUCAAGAUGGCUGCGGCCGUAACGAGCCGCCUGACUGCUGCUGUCUGCAGACAAUUUCAACGUGUUGUUACAGUCUCUUCACACACACAGCCUCAGUAUGCGACUCAAGCGCUCUCCAAACUUCAUUCCUGUCAACGAAGACAAAUGUAUGACUCGUGGUGGUUCAGAAGCUCUAUGAAUAACCGAGCACUCCACACAUCCUGCGUCAGAAAAGGACUGGAAGAAUUUUUUGACCUGCCAGAGAACUGGGGUGAACAAACUGUAAAAUCAGGUGCUCCAUGGACUGCCAAACAGCUAAGAGUGAAAAGUAAUGAAGACUUACACAAACUUUGGUAUGUUCUCUUGAAGGAAAAGAACAUGUUACUCACUUUAGAACAGGAGGCAAAACGACAGCGCCUUCCGAUGCCCAGUCCAGAGCGUCUCAAAAAGGUUGAAAGGUCAAUGAAGCGCCUUGACACAAUUGUGAAAGAACGUGAGGAUGCUUUGCGCUUACUGCAGACGGGACAGGAGAGAGGUAGACCGGGCGAAUGGCGCAGAAAUGUUUUUGGCAAAACCUUCUGGUACCGCUUCAGGGAACAUCCAAUCCCAUGGUACCUCAAUUCCAGAUACAAAAGGCGGCGAUUCUUCGAACCAUCACAUGUUGCCCCUUACACAAGGUUGAGCCUUGAAAAAUACCUGAGGAGUAAGAUACGGAAAGAAAAAAGAGACAAGAGAAACCAAAAAAGGCUUGCAACAAUGUUUCCAAAGAAGACUGCGCUUGCAUGAAACCACUGACAAGACUUGUCACAUUUAAUAUUGUUUUUUCAACACGUGAUACUUUUUUUUCAUUACUCCAUAAGUUUUGGAGAUUCAAAAUAUGUUGUACAGUCAGAUAAUAAAUUCAAACCUGUAACUUA